AUAAAAAACUUAAGCCAAGGCCACGGAAAAUAGAAGGGCUCUACUUUCUCGCUCUCUCUCUCUCUCACCUCCAAAACCCUCAAAUCCCCGCACGGGCGACCAUGGCGGACAAGCAAUGCCGCGAGGAAGAUUACUCCCAGCUCAGAGAUCUCCGCAUAAGCCUCAAUAGAGGAGGCGAAGGCGGCAAAGGAGGAGGAGAAGAGGACGGCGAUAGCGACAGCGGCUUCUCGCUCUGCUUCUGGCUUUACCUUUCGAGCUCCGCUCGUCCUUCUUCUGUGAUCCUUCGUCAGAUGACUUCGGAAAAUGAAGAUGAAGUUCCGUUUCUGGCUUUGAGCGAGGAUAACAAACUGACACUCUUUCCUUUAAUGUUCUUACAUGAAGAAGCUCCAUCCACUAGCAGUUCCUUUCCAUGGACUGACAUGCUACACGCAUCUGCUGAGAUCGAAUGCCCACUUGAGAAAUGGGUUCAUGUUGGGUGUGAGGUAGCAACAAACCAUAUGUUCCUUCACAUUGAUGGAAAACUUGUCGGAGAGGAAUCUCUGACAUCCCUAUGCAGUGAGCAUCACUUUCGAGACAAUUUGAAGAGAAUAAGUUUAGCUGGUAAUGAUGGGAAACUUGAUGGUUAUGUCUAUAAUGUUCAAGUUUUGCCAAUAUCAGCAUCGAUAACAGAUCAGUUUGUAAAGAAGCCACCAGUAAAGUUAUCUCUUGAUGGUUCAUCCAUCUUUGAUGGAGUUGAAGAUGGUGGGGAUGGUGUUUGGAGCAUUGUUGGUGGCAAGGCUUCGUGCCGCAGGAAUUUCUGCCUUCAUGUUGUUCUUGCUAAUGCUUUUGGUCGGUCUGUAAACAAGGAGAUGGAGAUUGUUGCUUCACUUGUAUAUGCCGACAAUGGAAGCCCUGUUGAAAAGACCAGAGAUGUUGCGGAAGCUCCAUUACUGACGAGCUAUGAUGGUCUUGAACAUCCUUCCACAGAUAGGCCAGUUCCGCUUAUUCGCGGACGUGCAACCUUUAAACUGAAGAUAUCUCAGCUGUCUUCUAAAUCUGACAAUAGGCUAUUCCGUGUUUGUUUUCGUACAAUGCAUGCUCAAACAUACCCAUUUCUAGAAGCAUAUUCCCAUCCAAUCCGUUGCAUCUCAAGGAAUCGCAGUAACCGACCAUUGGCUCUCGGGAAAAGAUUGGCUUCGACAACAGCACUUUUUGAUGAAAUUCAUUCAGGCAAAGGCAAUGAUGGGUCUGGAGUGGUUCAGGAAAUCUAUGGAGAUGAUCACUUCCACAUUUUGAAUCAGAGUGUAUUGAGAUGUAAUACCCCGUCAAAACACUCUAAACUAGAAAAUGAUAAAUCACCUUCAUCAAUUGAUACUAGUGGAAUCUUGGAAAAGGAUGAGAUAUCACUGAAGACAAGCCUAGAAGCAAGAUCAAAUAAUUUUGAAGGAACCGAUGGUGCACUAUCAGAUUCUGAGAGCACUGAUGCUAGAAACUAUGAAUCCAGAUGGACAAAGGAGGCUAUGAACCCAAUUUCAGAUGCUGUCAUCUUUAAAUACUGUUUGGAAGACACAUAUGAGCGGCUGAUGUUACUCAAAGAUAUGUUAACUUCUGCUAGUGACGAAGAUAUCACUAAUUUUGCGGAGCAAGUUUGCCUGUAUGCUGGAUGUUCUCAUCACCGAUAUCAAAUAUUGAUUUCAAAGCGGUUGCUCCAAGAGGGUGUUGAUACUUGGAACUCGAUUACUCGGAACAGUCACCAUGUUCUCUGGACGGACGUGGUUCCUGAGAUCGAUAAAAGAUUCAGGAACAUUGCCUGCUCUAACCGGGGAUUGUCAGGAGAGGACCUUGAUGUUUUGCGAGGAAUUGCUGGAUGUGGCGAUCAAUUGGGCCAGGAAGAAUUUGCCAGAAUGUGGUACUGGUUAUACCCUGUAGCAUCUGCUUUGUCAAAUGAACAAAUAAAUGCUAUGUGGGCGUGCUUGUCACCCAAAUGGAUAGAGGGAUUAAUUACCAGGGAGGAAGCUGAGAUUGCACUUAAAGGUUCCAGAGGACCACAGAAACCAGGAACCUUUGUUCUCAGGUUUCCAACCUCUCGCAGCUGGCCUCACCCGGAUGCUGGUAGCUUGGUUGUCACCUAUGUUGGUGCUGAUUCCGCACUUCAUCAUAAGCUUCUUUCUCUUGAUUAUAGGAAAAAGGACGCCAGACCACUUCCAGAGUUGCUUUUGGAAGAGCCUGAAUUAUCCCAAUUGGGAAGGGUUUGUCGACAAGGGAACGCCGCUUGCCAGAGCUGAAAACUGUCUUUGGUAAGGACACGAGAUUCAUUAUGGGCCUAGUGCCCUUUGCGGAUGUUUUUCAGAGGGCGAGUGUAUUAUUAUUGUGUAAAAAUAUGAUGCUAUAUACUGGAAGGUUUUCCUCCCGGAUGAGAGGGAAAUGUAAUUAGUCAUGUUCUAACAGUCUAACAGAAAUCAAUCGGCGUAGUAAAUCAUUCCAUUUUUUCACAAA